AUGGAAGAAUAUGCGAGGGAACCAUGUCCUUUUCGGAUAGUCAGUGAUUGUGGUGCAGCCUUCGCAAUGGGAACUAUUGGUGGAGGUAUUAUCCACGCAUAUAAGGGCUACAAAAAUGCGCCGACUGGCAAGUUCCGCAAACUUUCCUCAGCCUUGGCUCAAAGCCGUUUAAAGGCACCUCUUCUGGGUGGCGCUUUCGCUAUCUGGGGUGGCAUGUUUACAGCGGUAGAUUGUUCACUUGUAUUUGUGCGUAAGAAGGAAGAUCCCUGGAAUUCCAUUACCAGUGGUGCCAUUACUGGAGCUGUACUAGCUGUUCGUCAUGGUCCUGCGGCAAUGGCAGGACAAGCUGUCAUUGGCGGUGUAAUUCUUGCUAUCAUUGAGGGUCUUGGAAUAAUGAUGAGUCGUUUUGCCCCUAUGCUUAUGCAACAACAAGAAAUGCCCGAAGAACAGCCCUCACCGUCUGACAGAGGAAGUGGCAGCGGGGGCGGGAUCUUAAAUAAAUUCUUCUCCAGUGGUGGUGGUGAAGCUGCAGAUUCUGGAAGCAGUUUGUCUUUCUCAAAUCCUACUCAGUCACAAGAUAGUCAAACUUCUAAAAGCGGUGGAUUUAUUUUCCAAUAG